AUGGCCAAGCGCACCGGCCUUGCCCAUGCACCAACACUGCUCUCGUUGCUGCUUCUGGUGUGCUUUCCUAUCCAUGUACAUUGCCGAAUCAUGGAUGGCAAAGUCAACAAGAAGAUUAAUUUACCACAUGGAUUGUGCGUGCAUAAGAGUGGUAUAGACUGCGCAGGUGCAUCUCAUUGUGAGUGUUGUUUAACAAACAACCUCUGCUAUGUUUCAAUGGACCAAUGCAUGGAUUGGUGCAAAGAUACAUAUUCUUCUUCCGGCGCAUCAGCGGCGUCGGCCCAUCCUCCUUUGCCAUCCCAUACAUCCUAA